UGCGCGAAUCAGCCUAGUCCUCCAGUUGCCAGUUUCACGCUCGUCUGAAUUGGAAGCCGACCUCCUCUUUUUUUCUCGCAAAAAUAACGAUAUCCCUUCUCCAUAAUUCACCGCUGGACUCAGACUGGCCAAGAUGGACGAGCACCUCGCGCAGUUGCUCGCCAACACGCAAGACAAAAACGAGGGCCCGCGCAAGCAGGCCGAGCUUGAUCUUCUUCAUGCCCAGACAAACCCCGAGUUUCCGCUAUCGCUUGCGCGUAUCGGCGUCCACACGGGCGCCCCCCUCGAGAUCCGCCAGGCGGCCUUGACCUAUCUGCGAAAGUUCAUCGAGGAGAACUGGGCCCCGGAUGAGGAAGGCGGCGCCUCUCAGAUCCCGAUCCCCGAUGCAACCAGAGACCAUCUGCGCAAUGUGAUUCUGGAGCUAGCCUUGAGCCCUGAGGACGAGCGUAAGGUGAAGGUCGCCGCCAGCUACGCCGUCUCCAAGAUUGCCAACGCCGACUUCCCCGACCGCUGGCCCGCCCUGCUUCCUUCUGUUCUGGGCGUCAUGCCCGCCGGAACCGAUGCCCAGCUCCACGGCGCCCUGCGCAUCCUGCAGGACCUCGUCGAGGAGAGCUUGUCCGACGAGCAAUUCUUUAGCGCGGCCCGGGACAUUAUCAAGGCCUGCUACGAUGUUGCUCUGAACGAGGGUCGCAAGCAGACGCACCGCAGCAUGGCUGUGCUUGUCUUCCGGAGCUGCUUCGACCUCCUGGACAUUGUCAAAGACGACCGAAGGAAGGAAGUGAAGACGUUCGCCGAGGAAGUCCUCAGCGGUUGGCUGCCGUUCUUGGAGCAGGUCAUCAAGGCGCCCCUGCCGCCUCUCGACCAGUCGGGCUCGCAGCCAGAAAGCUGGAACGGCCCGGUUGCGCUGAAGGACCAGGCCGUCGAAACCCUGAUCAAGAUCCGGGCCGUCUUCCCCUCCCUGCUUGUGGGCCAGAGCCCCGCUCUGUUUACCGCCACAUGGGAGGAGCUGUCAAGGCUGGCGCCGUCGUUCCAAGCCCUGUUCAUCGACUCGGAUGCUCAGAGCCGGCUGGAGGAUAUCGACGGCCUCCCUUACACGCUGGAUUUCCUGGUCGUGGACGAGCUCGACUUCCUCAACCAGUGCAUGCGCGCUCCGCCCGUGCAAAAGCAGCUCGACGCCGAAAUCAAGGCGCGUGGCGCUGUCCACGACACUCCCUGGGCGCUAGACCUCAUGGCCCUCUUGGUCUCCUUCUCCCAGAUCACGCAGGAAGAGGAAGGGCUGUGGGACAUUGAUGUGUGCCUCUAUCUAGCCGAGGAGACUUCGGUGUCGGCCAACUACACUCCGAGAACCGCGUGCGGCGACCUCGUGAUAAAGCUCGCGGAAUGGCUGGGCGACCCCGCUUUGGAGGCUCUCUAUGCUUACACCAAGACGCUUUUCACCGGAGAGGGCGCCCGUUGGCAGAAGCAGGAAGCCGCUCUUUUCCUGUUCACCGCCAUCCUGAACGACUUCCAAGACAUGCAGAAGUCAGUCCCAGCCGGGAUUGCAAACGCCUUCCUUGAACUCGUCAACUACGCCGUCAGCAGGCAGGACGAACCGAUGCUCCGUGCCCGUGGAUUCCUUGCUGCUGGCGCUUUGGCCCAGAGUUACCAGCCGGCUGUGGGCCUGCUUGACCGUGUCACCGACGCUAUUACCCGGGACGAGUCUGAACUCGUUCAGGUUGCCGCUAUCAAGGCAGUUGAGAGCUUCAUUCGGGGUGGUGUGCCGGCAGACCGGCAGGUCCCUAUUGUGCUGGCCAUUCAACAUUUCUUGGAGUCCAAGGAUCUCAGCGAGCUGGAAGGCGCCGACGACCUCCUGGUCACGCUCUUGGAAACCCUCCGCAGCGCGAUCAGCAUGGAUACCAGGAUUGCUAUCCAGCCUGACAGCAAGGCCGUCGAUCUGCUGUUCCUAAUUGCGAAGCACGGAGCUGCCAGUUUCCACGCAAACAUGGUCGUCUGCGAGACGUUCGAGGACAUCGCCCGGACUUUCAAGGAUAAUCAAGGGCCGCUCAAGGAUAUGGAGCACCCUCGCCUGUAUGCGGCCCUCUGCGCCAAGGUCUUGCCAUCCAUCACGGGCACGUUCGACGUCGCAAACCUCACUCAGGACGAUCCCCUGGUUACGCUGGCUGCCGAUCUCUUGGCACUCCUCGUGCAAUAUGGCUCCGAGCCGCUGCCGGAUGAUUUCGUUGCUGCCACUCUUCCAAAGCUCCACAAUGUUCUGAUGACUUCUACCGAGGGCGACAUCCUACGGCCCGGCUCAGUGGCGGUGAAAUACAUCCUCAUGCAUGACCACAAGCAGGUUUUCAGCUGGCACGACAACAAUGGUCGAUCUGGUCUGGAGGUCUGCCUACGGAUCAUCGACCGCCUUCUCGGUCCUAAUAUCGAAGAUAAUGCCGCGUCCGAGGUUGGCGGCCUGGCUGCGGAGCUGGUUGAAAAGGCCGGGCACGAGAGGCUCGGCCCUUUCUUACCUCAACUCCUCCAGGCAGUUGCCACGCGUCUCGACAGCGCCCAAGCCGCGCCCUUCAUUCAGUCCCUGAUCCUGGUGUUUGCCCGGCUUUCCCUCGUGGGUGCCCAGGAUGUGGUCAACUUCCUCAGCGACAUCCAGAUCAAUGGUCAGGUUGGGCUGCAGGUUGUGCUCGGCAAGUGGCUUGAGAACUCGAUCAACUUUGCCGGCUACGAUGAAAUCCGGCAGAACGUUAUUGCACUGUCCAAGCUCUACUCGCUCAACGACCCACGUGUGGCUCAGACCAUGGUGAAGGGAGACCUGAUCAUCACAAAUACCGACAGGAUUAUGACGAGGUCAAGGGCGAAGCUCAACCCGGACCAAUACACCAUCAUCCCGGCGCCGCUCAAGAUUCUCAAGGUCCUGAUCGAGGACUUGGUAUCGGCAUCCGGCAUGCACGCAGCGGCCAACGUGGCAGCAGCCGCCGUGACGGAGCUGGCCAACGAGGACGAGGACGAGGACAACGAUGGGUGGGAGGACGUGCCCGACGACACGCUCGACCUGGCGCUCGGCAGCACCAAGGCCGACCUGAUGAGCUGGGGCGAGGGCGGCAGCUCGCGGCAGCGCGACGACGAGACCCAGGCGUACCUGGUCGACUUCUUCAUCCGCGCUGACGCCGAAAACAUCGCCGAGUUCCACAACUGGUCCAACAUGCUCACGGACGACGAGAAGCGCAAGGUGAAGCAGGCGGUGGCGCAGUAGAAGGGUGCUGAUUAGAGUGCCCGCAGUGCGGAGCGUGGGAAGAGUGCGGAUCUCAACGGUUUCUGGCGGCUUGAGCAGUCACAGCACUCGCAGGAGGCUGUGGAAGCCGCCUUAAUGGGAUGCUUGGCGGGGGCAGUUCUCCGAGUGGAGGUAGUUGAGCAGGAGUAGACACAGGCCCAAGCAGUUCAUGUUGACAGCCGACCCCGGAUGAAGGGGGGGAGGGAGAAUGAAGACGCUGAGGGGAUUGGUAUGGUUGCGUAAAGUGGCACAGUCCACCUGCCUAAUGAAAGGAUGGCAGAGGACAAGACAGAGCUGGGAUAGAAACCAAGGCUGACGAAGGCUGACGCAGGAAGUAACCAAGAUGGGAAUUGCUAACAAACAAGAGCAACAAAUAUCACGCCUG